UGACGAACCCAGGGUCGCCAUCGACGCUCUCAAAUUUCUAAUUUACUCUGAUCUCCUCGGAGGCUGACAGGCGAUGGUAGAAAAUCGAUAUGGAACCCGUAGAAAAGCAAGUGUUGUUACGAUACAUCAGAGUCGGUCCUGUGUUUGGUAGAUACUGAAGAUGAACUGGAGGAGAUUUUGACGUUUCCCCUGUCUUGCCAAUAAUCUAAAUAGAAGUGGUGUCGAAAUGUUGGAAGUACAGCGCGUGUGUGUACAGAAAAAAUGGUGAUAAGUAAAUGAAGAUACCUAUCUCUGGACAACUGUCGGCGAUAACGCUUAAUGCACGAGAUUUAGAACCCGUUGUUGGUUGAAAGACAAAACACAUUAAUAGAAAACAAUUGCUGAAUCAGUUCGCAGUUUCGCAUGGCGCCUGGCCUGAUGUUAAACGUGUUUCCAGUUUCAAAUUCUCUCCUGUAAUAACAUGUAGGAUUAUCUGUGUAGUUUUCAGGAUGAUUUGAGUCGAAAGAUUGAUGGCGAACUAUCAUGAGGAAAUCGAAAGAGAAAAUCUUAAAGUGAGGUGUUACCUUCUGUCAGUCAAUUGAUAUGGUGGUGUGGCCAGUAAUUUUGCACACAACAGUGAUGAUGUUGUUUUGGUUGAUGAGUGUCACGUGCUCAGGGACAUGCCCCGAGAAUAAUGCGCUCAAGGAGGCGCUCACGUGCCUCCACAACCUGACGGAUGGGGAGAAUACGAAGAUGACGAUCAGCCCUUCGGAUAUCUACCGGACCAAGCAAUUCUGCGAAAAUGGAAACUUUAGAGACUCGGUGAAUUGUUUACGAAAUCUUCACCAGUCGUGUAAGGACCCAGUCAAGUUGGAAAUGCUAAAGAAAUACGCCGACCCGAACGCCUGGCAAGCUGGGUUCGAUAGACUGUGUCAUAGUAUGUCCCUUUAUAUCAGCAGUGCAGACUGCAUCACAAAGCAGAAUUCAGAGAUUCAAAGCUGCAUUGAUAGAAAGCAAGAUAUAGAGAUUUCAAAUGGGGCUGAUGUUUCCUACAACUUCAAUGAGGAUGAGGAAAAAUAUGUUAAAAGUAUCUGUAGGUUAUUCCAAGUUUCCAACCACUGCUUCAGCACACAGAUUGGAAAUAAAUGUGGCGUGGACAUCAAAGCCGUGUUAACGGACUUCAAUAGUGGUCUCACGCCACCUAUAUGUAGGGACUACAGCUUCGCCUCCCCAAGUGCUGCAAGGACCAAUUUCUCCAUUAAUAUGUCCGCAUUAUGUGUGUGUUUUGUAUACAUUCUUGCUUGGAUGACGUCAUUAUGAUUUGAUUGAUUGAUUUGGCUGUGUGCUUGGAUAACAUUCCAAAUAGGAUUUCAACAUUGUGGAAAAAUAAUACAGAUUCCGGUGUAUACAACUGAUUUUAUGGACUUCGUUUGUCUCGAAGAGGUAAUAGCGAAAGAAAGAUAACUCGUGCCACGCUUCUUAAAAUUUCCUGUGUGCUAUCGAAAUCUGUGUGCGCGUUCGGAACAUGUAACUGGGUAUGAGACUGAUGCGAUGGAUGAAAGGCUUUAAAAAAAACGUGUGAAUGUUUCAUUUCAACCAUUUAUACAUGUAUUUUUGUGUUUGUCCUGACGUAAAACACAUUGAUUGCGUAAUUUUGCGUAUUUGUGUAAAAUGCCCCAUGACACAAACGCCGCACCGGAGGAUUUUACCUCCUGCCGUACAAAGUACACGAGUGAUUGUAGAAGGUGUUUGUGCGUUGUCAAAGAUCAACGUUUAACUGGAUUUUUACAUUGCCUUUUUUAAAAAUAUAUUUCUUUUUAAAUAUAUUCCUUUUCAGCUUUGUAAGAAGAAAGUUGUAUAAUUUUGAACCGUGCCAGGGCGUGGUUUUCAUCUGUUGGUUUUAUAUAGUUUUAUAUUACAUUAUCAGUUACAAGUGCUCUUUGCUGGACAGUAGUGCUUGCGCCGUUUAUUGUUUUGACAGAUUUCUUGCUUUAACAAGAAUAUUUUGUACUGAUUUUGAACAUUUGCAAGUUUUAACCGUAUUAAAUUGUGAAGGUAACAUGAAAUACAAUUUUAACGUAUUUUAGAAUCAGUGUGAUUUUCACGUCCCACGAGGAGUCGUGUAGUAUAUUUUUGGAUGGUGACAGCUUGGGGGGGGGGGGGGGGGGGUAACAAUGCUUUUACCAAGGUUUAAUGUAGAAGUACACGUUUUUUGCAAUGCUUAACACCAUAAUUUAUUCAAAUGAUUUCCUACAUCGAUUUAAGGUAACUCCAUACUCGCAGUUUUAUCUGAUACAAGUUUGAAAAAUGUAUUUAUUUCCAUUCAUUAGAGUUAAAACUAACAAAUUAUCAAAUAAAAUACAUAUGUCAUCACACUUUUUAAGACAAGAGACGUACAUAAAUAGAAUCAUCUGUCACCGUCAGAAAAUUGCAAUUUUCCUUAAACAGCGUUAUCAAAAUUUCAUACAAAUUGGUUAUGAUGAUAUAGUAGCAUUCAUAACAAUUUCAUGAAAGUGUAUCUUCACAAAAAUAUACAAAAUGUCUAUAAAAAUAAAGGAAAUAUAUCGCAUAAUAGACUUAAUAAAGAAAUCAAUAGAAACAGAGUUAUUGCCCUUGGAUUCAAUAUCUUAAAACGUAUCAUUGAUUAUUCAUCUAUAAUUUAGACUUUUAAAAUAGUUUAUCUUUAACAAGAUUUUUUACAAUAACUAUCAGGAAAGAUUCCAAUAAAAUUUAUGUUCCUAUCACCCAUAAAUGUAAAUAAAUCAUUGAUUUUGCAAAAUCUAAUGACAUCACAGGAGGGUGGAAUUACUUUAAAUUGUAAUGAGAACAGUGUUGAAAACAUAUUACAUACUUUAAAAUUGUGCAUUUAUAAAUUGGUUGUUUUGUAAACGUGAAAACAGAUAAAAGUUUGGAACCAUGCAUAUCUUGCUCAGUAUAAUUAGUUGUUUCCUUAUUUGAAAUUUCUGUUUCAACCCACCAUAUGCGGGACUUGCAGCAAUUAUGUUUUUUUUUUUUUAUUGUUUAAGUUCAAGUUUGUAUCAGAUUGAUUAUUCAGCAUACCUUUUCGCCAAUCUGAUUAAAAUCAGCUCCUCGAUCCGCUCGACAAAUCAAAAGAAAUAAAGGAGCGGAUCGAGGAGCUGAUUUUAAUCAGAUUGGCCUUUUCGCAUGUUUUGCAGUUAAUUUUCAUAAUAAUAACAUUUUCUGUUUGUUCACUAUACUUUAGUUAUAUUUUCUGCCUUUUAUUUAUAUAUUUAUAUCUGCGGGAAGAUAUGAAGAAAUAAAAUUACAAAACCAA